AUGAGCUGUGGCGGCGGCCUCCUCCUGCGGGCGGCCCGGGCGGGCUCGCGCCGGGCCCUGGGCGCCCUCUCCCAGCGGCGGCUGGCGGCGGGCGGCCUGCGGCGGCUCCUGCGCACUGGCCCGCGCUGCUCGUCCUACGCCAAGGAUCUGUUCCUGGGGAAGCUCCAGAAGAAACAAGUUUUUCCAUAUCCAGAAGUCACCCUAGAUGAACUAAACGAUAUGAAGCAGUUUGUGGUACCAGUAGAAAAAUUCUUCAAUGAAGAAGUGGAUUCUCAAAAAAUUGAUCAAGAUGGUGUAAUUCCUCAAGAAACUUUAGAUAAAUUAAAGCAGCUGGGACUCUUUGGCAUGAUGAUUCCAGAAGAAUAUGGAGGCCUUGGGUUGUCACAUAUAAUGUAUGCACGUUUAGGAGAAAUCUGUUCUCAGGAUGGAGCAAUUGCAGUCACUUUGGCUGCACAUCAAGCAAUAGGACUCAAGGGCAUCCUUUUGGCUGGAACUGAGGAGCAAAAAGCUAAAUAUUUGCCUAAAUUGGCAACUGGAGAAUAUAUUGCAGCUUUCUGCCUUACAGAAUCAAUGAGUGGGAGUGAUGCUGCGUCCAUUCAAACAAGAGCAACUUUGAGCGAAGAUAAAAAGUACUACAUCUUAAAUGGCUCCAAGAUCUGGAUCACAAAUGGUAGUUUGGCCAGUAUAUUCACAGUAUUUGCCAAGACAGAGAUCAUUGACUCAGAUGGCUUAAAAAAGGACAAAAUUACCGCAUUCAUUGUUGAAAGAAGUUUUGGUGGCAUCACUAAUGGUAAACCUGAGAACAAGUUGGGCAUCCGGGGCUCUGACACUUGUGAAGUUCAUUUUGAAAAUACAAAAGUGCCUGUUGAAAAUGUCAUUGGAGAAGUCGGAGGAGGAUUUAAGAUAGCAAUGAAUGUCCUGAAUAGUGGACGAUUUAGCAUGGGAAGUUUAGUUGCUGGAAUGAUCAAGAAGUUGAUUGCAAUGACAGCAGAAUAUGCCUGUACAAGGAAACAGUUCAACAGACCUCUCAGUGAAUUUGGAUUAAUUGAGGAAAAGUUUACUUUGUUGGCCAAGAAAACAUAUGUGAUGGAGAGUAUGGCCUACCUCACUGCUGGAAUGAUGGACAGCCCAGGCUUUCCCGAUUGCUCUGUGGAGGCAGCCAUGGUGAAGGUGUUUAGCUCCGAAGCAGCCUGGGUGUGUGUGAAUGAAGCCUUACAAAUUGUUGGAGGCCUGGGAUACAUGAAGGAUCAUCCCUACGAGCGCUAUCUCCGGGACUCUAGGAUUCUGCUGAUCUUUGAGGGAACAAAUGAGAUCCUCCGUAUGUAUAUUGCCAUGACAGGACUACAGCAUGCAGGCCAAAUCUUAACAAAAAAAAUCCGUGAUAUGAAGAAGGGGAACUUGAAUGUUGUAAUGGAACUUUUAUCAACAAAAUUUCAAGAUAGCAUGAUGAAGAAGGCUGAUUUUGGUCUAACGGGAAGAAAUGGUAUUGUGCAUCCUAGUAUGGAGGAGAGUGCAAGGCGAUUAGAAGAAAACGUGUAUUUUUUUGGGCGAACAGUAGAGAUGCUGCUAAAGCGGUUUGGCAAGACUAUUGUGGAAGAGCAGCUGACCAUGAAGCGAAUGGCAGACAUUCUGAUUAACUUGUACGCCAUGACUGCUGUCCUUUCCAGAUCGAGUCGUUCUGUACGUGUCGGGCUACGCAACCAUGACCAUGAAGUUCUGCUGACAAAUAUUUUCUGCACAGAGGCAUAUUUCCAGAAUCUUUACAACAUGUCUCAGUUAGAAAAAUAUUCUUCUGAAAAUCUAGAUGAACACGUUAAAAAAGCUGCCCGGCAGAUACUGAGUAAUAGAUGCUUCCCAUGUGCUCAUCCUUUGGAAAGGCUAUACUGACAAGAGGGGAAAGUGCUCCUGGAAUCCAUAUAUGAUUAUGAUCAACCAUAUCUUUGAAUAUCAUCAGCUUGUAAAUUUAUAUGGGUCUGAUUUAGAAUGACAAUUGCCCUUCUUUUUAAACAGAAUAAAGUAAGUAAUAAUUAUGAAAAAGUUUUAUUAAAAAAAUUUUAAAGCUCUA